AUGGUUCCACUGUGGUCUGUGUCAGUGACGGAGGAGCUGGAGAGCGAGGAGGCGCAGGGAGUGGAGGAGGCGCAGGGAGUGGAGGAGGCGCAGGGAGUGGAGGAGGCGCAGGACCUCACGGAGUCUCUGCUCAGACUGAGUCUCUCUGAGCGACUGGGACACCUCCUCACUGAGCACGCUCACAGGGCAGCAGGCACUCAUCAGGCACCGCAUCAGGCACUGCAUCAGUCAGACCUGCAUCAGUCAGACCUGCAUCGGUCAGACCUGCAUCAGUCACUGCAUCAGUCACUGCAUCAGUCACUGCAUCAGUCACUGCAUCAGUCAGACCUGCAUCAGUCGGACCUGCAUCAGUCAGACCUGCAUCAGUCGGACCUGCAUCAGUCAGACCUGCAUCAGUCGGACCUGCAUCAGUCGGACCUGCAUCAGUCGGACCUGCAUCAGUCGGACCUGCAUCAGUCAGACCUGCAUCAGUCAGACCUGCUGAUGGGUCUGGCCUCGGUCUGCUUCAGAGCCUGUGGAGCCCACAGGAGCCUGGCCCUGAGUCUGUGCAGCAGAGGCCUCGUCCACAGCUCUGUGCAGCUCAUGAGGAGAGAGCUGUCUGCAGGUGGGUCACACUCACACAGGGACCAGGUGGGUCACGCUCACUGCCUCCACAGGGACCAGGUGGGUCACGCUCACUGCCUCCACAGGGACCAGGUGGGUCACACUCACUGCCUCCACAGGGACCAGGUGGGUCACACUCACUGCCUCCACAGGGACCAGGUGGGUCACACUCACUGCCUCCACAGGGACCAGGUGGGUCACACUCACUGCCUCCACAGGGACCAGGUGGGUCACACUCACUGCCUCCACAGGGACCAGGUGGGUCACACUCACUGCCUCCACAGGGACCAGGUGGGUCACACUCACUGCCUCCACAGGGGCCAGGUGGGUCACACUCACACAGGGACCAGGUGGGUCACGCUCACUGCCUCCACAGGGACCAGGUGGGCCACGCUCACUGCCUCCACAGGGACCAGGUGGGUCACACUCACUGCCUCCACAGGGACCAGGUGGGUCACACUCACUGCCUCCACAGGGACCAGGUGGGUCACACUCACUGCCUCCACAGGGGCCAGGUGGGUCACACUCACACAGGGACCAGGUGGGUCACGCUCACUGCCUCCACAGGGACCAGGUGGGUCACGCUCACUGCCUCCACAGGGACCAGGUGGGUCACACUCACUGCCUCCACAGGGACCAGGUGGGUCACACUCACUGCCUCCACAGGGACCAGGUGGGUCACACUCACUGCCUCCACAGGGGCCAGGUGGGUCACACUCACACAGGGACCAGGUGGGUCACACUCACUGCCUCCACAGGGACCAGGUGGGUCACACUCACUGCCUUCACAGGGACCAGGUGGGUCACACUCACUGCCUCCACAGGGACCAGGUGGGUCACACUCACUGCCUCCACAGGGGCCAGGUGGGUCACACUCACACAGGGACCAGGUGGGUCACGCUCACUGCCUCCACAGGGACCAGGUGGGCCACGCUCACUGCCUCCACAGGGACCAGGUGGGUCACACUCACUGCCUCCACAGGGACCAGGUGGGUCACACUCACUGCCUCCACAGGGACCAGGUGGGUCACACUCACUGCCUCCACAGGGGCCAGGUGGGUCACACUCACACAGGGACCAGGUGGGUCACACUCACUGCCUCCACAGGGACCAGGUGGGUCACACUCACUGCCUUCACAGGGACCAGGUGGGUCACACUCACUGCCUCCACAGGGACCAGGUGGGUCACACUCACUGCCUCCACAGGGGCCAGGUGGGUCACACUCACACAGGGACCAGGUGGGUCACGCUCACUGCCUCCACAGGGACCAGGUGGGCCACGCUCACUGCCUCCACAGGGACCAGGUGGGUCACACUCACUGCUUCCACAGGGACCCAGGUGGGUCACACUCACUGCCUCCACAGGGACCAGGUGGGUCACACUCACUGCCUCCACAGGGGCCAGGUGGGUCACACUCACACAGGGACCAGGUGGGUCACGCUCACUGCCUCCACAGGGACCAGGUGGGUCACGCUCACUGCCUCCACAGGGACCAGGUGGGUCACACUCACUGCCUCCACAGGGACCAGGUGGGUCACACUCACUGCCUCCACAGGGACCAGGUGGGUCACACUCACUGCCUCCACAGGGACCAGGUGGGUCACACUCACUGCCUCCACAGGGGCCAGGUGGGUCACACUCACACAGGGACCAGGUGGGUCACACUCACUGCCUCCACAGGGACCAGGUGGGUCACACUCACUGCCUUCACAGGGACCAGGUGGGUCACACUCACUGCCUCCACAGGGACCAGGUGGGUCACACUCACUGCCUCCACAGGGGCCAGGUGGGUCACACUCACACAGGGACCAGGUGGGUCACGCUCACUGCCUCCACAGGGACCAGGUGGGUUACGCUCACUGCCUCCACAGGGACCAGGUGGGUCACACUCACUGCCUCCACAGGGACCAGGUGGGUCACGCUCACUGCCUCCACAGGGACCAGGUGGGUCACACUCACUGCCUCCACAGGGGCCAGGUGGGUCACACUCACACAGGGACCAGGUGGGUCACACUCACUGCCUCCACAGGGACCAGGUGGGUCACACUCACUGCCUUCACAGGGACCAGGUGGGUCACACUCACUGCCUCCACAGGGGCCAGGUGGGUCACACUCACACAGGGACCAGGUGGGUCACGCUCACUGCCUCCACAGGGACCAGGUGGGUUACGCUCACUGCCUCCACAGGGACCAGGUGGGUCACACUCACUGCCUCCACAGGGACCAGGUGGGUCACACUCACUGCCUCCACAGGGGCCAGGUGGGUCACACUCACACAGGGACCAGGUGGGUCACACUCACUGCCUCCACAGGGACCAGGUGGGUCACACUCACUGCCUUCACAGGGACCAGGUGGGUCACACUCACUGCCUCCACAGGGACCAGGUGGGUCACACUCACUGCCUCCACAGGGGCCAGGUGGGUCACACUCACACAGGGACCAGGUGGGUCACGCUCACUGCCUCCACAGGGACCAGGUGGGUCACACUCACUGCCUCCACAGGGACCAGGUGGGUCACACUCACUGCCUCCACAGGGGCCAGGUGGGUCACACUCACACAGGGACCAGGUGGGUCACACUCACUGCCUCCACAGGGACCAGGUGGGUCACACUCACUGCCUUCACAGGGACCAGGUGGGUCACACUCACUGCCUCCACAGGGACCAGGUGGGUCACAGUCACUGCCUCCACAGGGGCCAGGUGGGUCACACUCACACAGGGACCAGGUGGGUCACGCUCACUGCCUCCACAGGGACCAGGUGGGUCACACUCACUGCCUCCACAGGGGCCAGGUGGGUCACACUCACACAGGGACCAGGUGGGUCACGCUCACUGCCUCCACAGGGACCAGGUGGGUUACGCUCACUGCCUCCACAGGGACCAGGUGGGUCACACUCACUGCCUCCACAGGGACCAGGUGGGUCACAGUCACUGCCUCCACAGGGACCAGGUGGGUCACACUCACUGCCUCCACAGGGACCAGGUGGGUCACACUCACUGCCUCCACAGGGACCAGGUGGGUCACACUCACUGCCUCCACAGGGACCAGGUGGGUCACACUCACUGCCUCCACAGGGACCAGGGGGCCAUCCUGGGGGACCCGGCCUCGACCCUGCAGCAGUGGCUCCACAUCUGUGCCCUCUGCUCCUCACUGCAGCCUGAGCUCUCCCAGGCCAUCAGCACCGCCCUCCUGAGCCAGAGCGGGACGGCCCGGAUCAGCCCAGACCCCGAGGGCGCCCGGCUCACCCAGCACCUCUACAUGUGA